AUGACAGUUGCCAACCAAAUCAUCAAACGGACAGAUUAUCCAUUCGACCUCGGCAAGUUCGGACGGCCUGUAACCACAAGUAACACCCAGGCCCAGAUCUGGUUUAACCGCGGUUUAACCUGGGCCUUCACCUUCAACCACACAGAAGCCGCUGCCUGUUUCGAGCAAGCUAUUGCCCACGAUGAUUCCUGCGCUAUAGCUUAUUGGGGCCUGGCUUAUGCCCUCGGUCCUAACUACAAUCACCCGUGGGAGUUCUUUGGCGACAAUUUGGAAGAUGUCGCACGACGCACUUAUGAUGCCGUCCAAAAGGCCAAGGCCCUCGCUUCCAGCGCGACUCCAGCGGAACAGGCUCUGAUUGCUGCCAUUCAAGCUCGCUUCCAAGGCGAUAAACCUGCCACAAUGGAAGUAUACAGGGCCCACAAUCGGGCCUAUGCUGCCGCCAUGGAGGUUGCCUAUCGUGACUUCGGCGAGGACCUGGAUGUAGCAGCUCUCUACGCAGACUCGAUGAUGAGUCUCUCAGCAUGGAAACUAUGGAACCUGGUAACAGGAAAGCCCAUGCCAGGAACACGGACCUUGGAAGCCAAGACGGUGCUGGAGAAAGCCCUCCGCCAAAAAGAGGCCUACCAACACCCCGGCAUUCUGCACAUGUACAUCCAUCUUAUUGAGAUGUCACCUACGCCAGAAUUAGGCCUGGUCCCUGCAGACAGCUUGCGUCAUUUGGUUCCGGAUUCCGGACAUGCAUGCCACAUGCCCGCGCAUCUGGAUGUCCAGGUAGGAGACUACCGCGCCGCCAUCGGCGCCAAUCAACUUGCGACCAUCGCAGACGAAAAGUUCUUGAAACACGAGGGGCCAUUCAAUUUUUAUACGAACUACCGGAUGCACAACUAUCACACCCUUAUCUACGCAGCCAUGUUCGCUGGCCAGAAAGCUGUCGCUCUCGAUGCUGUCGAUCGUAUGGAAGCUACUCUACCGAAAGAGUUCCUCGUUCAGAUUCCAGACUUCCUCGAAGUCUACAUGUCUGUCCGCUCCCACGUCAUGGUCCGCUUCGGUAUGUGGGACGAGAUUAUCGCAACCCCGCUCCCCAAUGAGCCCGCUCUGUAUUGCGUCACGACGGCGAUGGCGUACUACUCCAAAGGUGUCGCGUAUGCGGCGACUGGAAAUGUCGCUGAGGCUGAGCGCCAGCGGGAAUUGUACCUAGAGGCAGCGAAGUGUGUCCCUGACUCACGCCUCGACUUCCCCAAUAAAUGCGUCGAUAUCCUGGGCGUGGCUUCUGCCAUGUUAGACGGCGAGAUUGAGUACCGUCGUGGAAACUACGAAGAGGCAUUUGCGCAUCUCCGCCGAUCUAUUGAUCUGGACGAUGGUCUGGGAUAUGGUGAGCCAUGGAGCUGGAUGCAACCUUCUCGUCAUGCGUACGCUGCUCUUUUACUGGAGCAAAACCGUGUUGAGGAAGCGGCUGCUGUUUAUCGCGCGGAUUUGGGUCUCGAUGAUUCUGUUAUUCGUGCACGCCAUCACCCGAACAAUGUGUGGGCUUUGCAGGGUUAUCAUGAAUGUCUCGUGCGACUGGGUCGUGUGGAUGAGGCAAAGAUUAUUGAGGGGCAGUUGAAGGUUGCUGUUGCGGUGGCUGAUGUGCCGGUCAAGUCAUCUUGUUUCUGUCGGAUUGAUACUUCGCAGGCUCCGGAUUUAGAGAAUGCUUGCUCGAAGGGAACUUGUCAUUAG